CCGUCCCAUCUUUAGGUUUUACCUCCUUCCAUUCACCACCGCACCUACAACGCUCAACCCCGCUCUAAAAUGGCAAUCUUGCAACCGCUGGCUCCUCCUUUCUCUCUCUCGCAACACCGUCCCUCUCACAACUUCCUCCGUCUUGCUUCCACUUCUAGCGAACUACCGAACUUCUUGCCUCUUGCAGCUGAGCACUUCCACUCCAACUUUACUGGCCUCGCAUCAAGGAUUUGCGACCAUAAGUUCACGUCACCAACCAGUGCCCGUCAAAGGCCCCUACACGAGCUGGUAAACUGUCGAAGUAGUUUGACCUACGGCAGGAAUACCGAGGAUUGGACUCGACGUCGAUCCGACAACACCUACUCAUCAUCAUCAAAGGCAUUUCCCCAGCUCACGACGGUAUCCUGUGUCAAACAGGCGCCUACCUGCUACUUCUCCUGCCCCGUACCAAGGUGUAUAACAAUCAAUUACAAUUCUGGUUUGUUCGAUCGCCAAAGCAAGCAGCUUUCACGGCCUGAAUGGAGCAUCAAGACAGCGACCAUCAACCUCCCGACACCUAACAGAGGGAUUGAAAAUGACUAGCGAAAAGCAAGCCAAACCCGAGGUUCCCGCCAUGCAAACGGUCGAUUCUGGAGAACAGGUUGCCUUAGUUGCCCCAAGCACAGAAGAACGCCCCUUUGCUAUCAUCCCCCCAAAUCUCAAUCCAAAGCUCAAGCCAGGCCCAGAAGUUUCUCCUCACCUUGGGCACCUUCCUCAAGGUCGACGCAUUGUCAUCAAAGACCCAAACGGCAAAGUUGUUGACCUCAGCAAGGCAAGGAUUUCCGCCACUCCAGGACCAAGCCAGCAGCAGCAACCAAAGGCGCAGCUCAAUACUACUUCGAACCAAGAUGGACCCAGCAGAGCUGCGUUGAACCCAACUCCUCAAGCUGGCAACCCCAAAAACUCUGCAUGGGAAAGUACUUCCCCGACAGGAUGGGGCCCACAAGCCACGAAAGUCGAUCAGCCAGUUGGCGCUGGUAACCAGAACUCGGGUGCCUGUCCACACACUCUGAAGGGCGACCAGGCCGUCGUUCAUCAGGCUCACGCGUCUGCAAACCCCUGGGCAGCAGAGACGAAACCCUGGCAAGCACAGAAAAAUCCAUGGGCAACGGAGAGGAAACCCUGGGCAGCAGAAAAGAAACAUCGGACACCAGAGAAGAAAUGGCACGUUCCUCAGACCAGUUGGAAGUCAAGAGGACCGCAAGAGCACCGACCCCCGCCGGUGCCUGUUGAUUACAUGGAGCAUGAACUCCCUGUUCGCCGGCUUGACUGGUCAGGCUCGCAACGGAGCCCUCUGCCGCUCUCUGACUUUGAUUUCAGCGAUGGUCCUGAACAAAUCAUGGAAGUCAAUCAGAAGAUGUCCCAGGAUAUUCGCAACGAAAUCGGCGUUGAAGUCCCCAUGUACCGGUUCAAUAACGAGUUGGGCAACCCCACCAUACAGUUCGGUCACUUUUAUGAUUGCCAAAACUACGAUCUAGGCCUCCAAACUGAAGACUACAACCAAAACCUGGUAGAAUCAUGGAUUCGAAACGUGACUGCCGAUGCAAAGGCAUCUUUAAAAUCUAAGCGCAAUCACUUCAAUUGUGAUAUCAAUCCAGAAACGGGAUGCUUUCUCGCACCUGUCGCAUACCCUGAGACUCGAGUCAGCGAAGCAGAGGACCCGGAACUUCGAUGGCGUCAGAAGAACUGGUCAUCGGAGUUGCUGCGCAAGCGCAAGCUCGCGACCAAGAGAGGUGGGAAAUACUAUCGAGGAGAGGUUCCACCAUCGAGCCGCCAGCCACCAAAUGUUCAAAUCAACGUCAAUAUUGCGGACUUAUUUGUGCCCCAGAUACCAAUGCAUUUGCGCCCUGCUACACCUUCCGACAUGGAGGCAGUGGCAUCCCUCUACAACAGCGAAGAUGUUCAGAAAUUAGAUUCUGCACCUUUGGGACCGGCGGACUUUGAGAAAAUCCUUACGGACACCCAUGGGCACGAAUUUCCCUUCAUCGUUGCCGUCAGCGGCUCGGCUAGGGUAGACACGUUGAAAGACGGCAUUAGGUUCGAGUCAAAUCAACCACAACAGAAGGUCCUCCCUUCGAAUCUCCAAGAAGGCUUGGUUCUUGGGUUUGCGUACCUCUCAGUUUGGAAGCCCGGUUUGGCUGGCAGUAAAACGGGCACCAGUAGGGCCACUGCUGAGGCCCAUGUGUAUGUUCAUACUUCUUGGAGACGCAAGAAGAUCGGAUCUGCACUCCUGGAUCGGCUUCUCGCCUCAGUUUCACUCAACGCGAAAUCAAAGGAGAUGUGCGACUUCUGGGAUCCUUCACGCAACCCUGCUUACGCGGCUCCCUGCCAACAUGACCGCUAUACGUUCAAGAUCUACAUGCAGUACCUUGUCAACACCAGAUUCGACAUCAACAAUGGAUUCAACAAUAUGGAGAGUCAAGAAAACCAAACCGAUGAUAUCGCGUGGUUGAAUAACCUCCUCGAAACCAAAUUCGGAUUCAAGAAAAAAGUCCGUUUCGAAGCCGCAUAUCGCUCGCCAAAAGUUGAAGGACAAGUUAGCCAUUGGUUGGAUUCUGUCGUGUUUGAACAUACCUGCUGCAGUCCUUCAUGGAUCGAUCAACUCUACUGAGGCAACCAGAAUUGGCGAAUGGGUAUCACACCUCAACCCACUUGGUCAUUGUCCUAUUGCCCCUUCGAUUCCUUUUAUUCUCAUCAUUUCCUUCCCAUUUUCUUUCAUCAGCAUCUGCAAACCCUUUCCUUAUUUCUCUUUUCCUUCACUGUUCAUCUCUCUUCUGAGAAGAUACAGAUGUCCUAAUGAGGCUUGGAUGAGCAGCUGACAAGGGAAGUAGAUGACUUCAUUUGCUCACGAUCUUAUCGUGUAAAAUCGGCGAGUUCGAAGUUAGUGGAUGGAGCAAUGCUCAAUCUAGCCUUUCUGAGGUUAAGUACAUUCAAUAUGAAACGAACGAAAAGUUCCCAAAUACCUUUGUAGUUCCGUCGAACUCUGAAUCUUGUUAUGGUCGCUGUUGGGAUUGCUUUUCUGUUACUUGCUCAUCAGAAACCCAUCUGUCCUGCAUUGUGUGAAGAAGUCAAUGUUAGUGCAUUAACAG